AUGUCAGCUGCCGAUAGAAAUACUAUAAUUGAAACCUUGGCUCGGAUAACUGAUGAUGAAGCUGAAUUUUGGACGAAUACAUCACCUAUAGAAAAAAAUCCUGCAUCUUAUUAUUUAUCGACGUCAAAAGAUUUAUCUUCAAAUAUUUUUUCAUCUAAUGGUCUUUACUUUAAAACAAAUAAUCAAUUAGAUACUGAAAUAGAAGAUCAUUUAUCAUUAUUAUAUAAAGAAGCAAUUCAAAAACAAUUGAAACAAAUAGAAGACAAAUUUGGAAAAAAUCAAAUAUUUGACAUAUUUCAAUUAAAUGAAAAUAUUCAUCUCAAUGAAAAUAAUCCUGGGAAAACAAUGACCUUUCUUGAUCGAUUAUAUCAUCAACUAACAAGAUCAUCACCUUCAGAAAUCGAUUAUUUAGAUGAUGAAGAUUUUACGGAUAUCGAUGAAAGUGAAAUAAUAGCCACAGUCAAUGAUAAUAAAAAUAUUAAUACAUCAUGCAAUGUUGAAAAUAAAUUUACAAAUAUUAUUCCAUUUUUAAAUCCUAUGCGAUCGUUUAUUGAUAAAUUAAUUCAUGUCGUUGAUUUUCCAUCAAAACCGACGGUUGACUCCAGUUCAUAA